AUGGGAGAGAGUGCAUCGGUAGCUGGACUGAACGAUGCCGAGGAGGCAGCGGAAAGAGAGCGGCUGUGCGGGAACGAUCAGUUUAAGUGCGGGAACUACUGCGCAGCCAUCAAGUAUUACAACAAGAGCCUCAGCCUUGAUCCCGACGUGGCUGCAACGUAUGCUAACAGGGCGCUGUGUCAUCUUAAGAUGAGGGAUUGGAAUGCUGCCAAGUCCGACUGCACCGAAGCAAUCAAAGUGGACUGUGGCUAUGCAAAGGCGUUCUAUCGGCGAGCACUGGCAUUUGAGGGCCUGGGCGAUCUCCGAGGAGCUCUGAAAGAUCUGCAGGUGGCGAUCAAGGUGCUACCUGACGACGCCGAGCUCUUGGAGAAGCUCAAGGUGAUAAAACGUAAGCUCCGGGUUGCGUUUGUCAAGGAGGCAUCUCCUCUGUUGCCAUUUGUAACGGAGUUUUUCAUAACAUGUACACCAAAUUACACAAUGAAACUUUAUUAA